AUGUCUCACGGUGGAGAAACUGUCUGCGUCACCGGCGGAAGCGGCUGCAUUGGCUCUUGGCUCAUCUCACUCCUUCUCGACCGCGGCUACACCGUUCACGCCACCGUCAAAGACCUCAACGACGAGAAGGAGAUGAAGCAUUUGCAAGCUCUAAAAGGAGCAGAGACGCGCCUCCAUUUACACCAAAUCGACCUUCUCGACUACGACUCGAUCUCCGCUGCCAUCGAUGGCUGCGCCGGCGUCUUCCACCUCGCCUCUCCUUGUAUCGUCGAUGAAGUCCAGGAUCCUGAGAAACAGCUACUGGACCCGGCAAUCAAAGGGACGAUGAACGUGCUGACGGCGUCUAAGGAGAAAGGAGUGAAGCGUGUGGUGGUGACGUCUUCCAUCUCCGCCAUCACGCCGAGCCCCAAGUGGCCGGCUGACGUUCUAAAGAGAGAGGAUUGCUGGACUGACGUUGAGUACUGUAAGCAGAACGGAUUCUGGUAUCCGCUCUCGAAGACACUAGCGGAGAAAGCUGCGUGGGAAUUCGCCAAGGAGAAAGGUUUGGAUGUUGUGGUGGUGAAUCCGGGUACCGUCAUGGGUCCUGCUAUCCCGCCUACUCUGAAUGCGAGCAUGUUGAUGAUUUUGCGCCUUCUGCAAGGCUGCACAGAGACGUACGAGAACUUCUUCAUGGGAUCUGUCCAUUUUAAAGAUGUAGCGUUAGCACAUAUUAUGUUAUAUGAAAACCCAUCCGCAGCUGGUAGACACUUGUGUGUUGAAGCCAUAUCUCACUAUGGUGACUUUGUGGCAAAGGUUGCCGAGCUAUAUCCUGAAUAUAACGUGCCAAGCUUGCCUAGGGAUACACAGCCUGGGCUGUUAAGGGGAAAGAACGGAGCUAAGAAGCUGAUGGACAUGGGUCUAGAGUUUAUCCCCAUGGAUCAAAUCAUCAAGGAUUCAGUUGAGUAUCUCAAAGAAAAGGGAUACUUAUCCUAA